UCUGACUGUCCCGUAUUACAAGGAUGUGAUACGGCUCUAAAGAAUUUAUAGAAUUAAUUAAAAUACGAACAUAUCAGAUGAGCAAAUUUUUAAGAUUAUAAUUUACAGAAGCGAUGUCUCGCCAUCGUACUCCAUUUUUUUCUUUUAGAAUUUAAGGUUUCCAUUUGUUUUGUUUUUCUCGAAAUACCUCGAAGACUCCUCCUACUGUAGCUGCAUUGGCUAGCUAUAUUGCAUUUGCACAUUAAUUACUGGUAUAUUAAAGUUUAUUACACCUUUCGAAUAGUUUCACCUUUGUGGCAAUGGGUGAAAAUAACUGUCUUCCCCCGAGGAGUGUCUUGUGUUUAUUUGAUGUGGACGGCACCCUGACACCUGCUAGAGAAAAGAUCGACCCACAGCUGGACGUGUUCUUUCAGUCUCUGCGGAGCAAGGUGAAGAUUGGAGUGGUGGGCGGGUCAGACUACUCCAAGAUUGCGGAGCAGCUGGGGAACGGGGAUGAAGUUAUACACAAGUUUGACUACGUGUUUGCAGAGAAUGGCACAGUACAGUACAAGGAUGGAAAACUAAUCUUCAAACAGGCCAUUCAGAACCAGCUGGGGGAGGAGCUGCUGCAGGAUCUCAUUAACUUCUGCCUCAGCUACAUGGGGCUCAUCAAACUGCCCAAGAAGAGGGGCACUUUUAUCGAGUUCCGGAACGGAAUGCUCAACAUCUCCCCCAUCGGUCGAAGUUGCACGCUUGAGGAGCGAAUCGAGUUCUCCGAAAUCGACAAGAGAGAGAAGAUACGGGAGAAGUUUGUCGCCGCCCUGCAAAAGGAGUUUGCUGGGAAGGGCCUUCGGUUCACCAAGGGGGGCCUGAUUAGUUUUGAUGUGUUCCCCGAGGGCUGGGACAAGAGGCUGUGUCUGGACAUCCUGGAGGGGGAGGGGCUGGAGGCCAUCUACUUUUUCGGCAAUGAGACCACACCUGGAGGCAAUGACUAUGAGAUAUUCAAUGACCCACGGACCACUGGCUUCACAGUGUACUCCCCCGAAGACACAGCCAGGCUCUGCCGGGAACUCUUCAUGGUCCCCACAGUGAACCUUGACCACAGUGGCCACUCAAAUGGUUGUCUGUAAAACAGCUCCCCAUGCUGUUUAACACUGGUGCUACACAAACAGCAAAGAGUUGUUUUUCAUUUCUCUUGAGAGAUGCAGUGAUUUUCCUUUUUCUCUUUAACUGUUGUGAUUUUAAAAUAUACUGUAGCUCUCACUGACUGAUUUCACAUCACCUGUAUGUGGAAAAUGUACAUUUAAGAAAAAUGUACUAAAAACCAGAAGGAACCAUUAAAUAUGUAUUUAUUAACUUAUCCACAAACUGACAGUACAGGGAACAUGAAUCAACGUUUCUGUGUGUUACCAUAUUAUUUCAGUAUAUUAAUGAUAGUUUUAAUACUAUAUUCCUUUUCUAUGUGGGAGAAGUGAUUCUGCUUAAAACAUAUCCAGCAUCAGUACUUUGAUAAAACAGCCAAACGAUCUUCUGGACACCCCUGCUUAAACCAACUUAAGCUGGUUUAGGCUGUUUUUUUACACUUUUAGUUGGUUCUUGAUGGUUCACCAGCUGACCAGCUUAUAGUCAGGUAUUCCACAAUGUUUGCCAUCUGACUCUACCCAUUUUAACCAGCCUUGACCAGCCACAGAUCAGCUUUGACCAGCUAAGGUCAGCUAUUACUCGCUGAGACCAACUUAAGAAUCCCAGCUGAUCUUAGUGGGAGCUUUAGCUUUUUAGCAGUGACAACAAUUAUUUGCAAAGAAACUCCAGAGUACUGUAUUUUUAUCCACUCAGUUGUCAUAUACAUGUCAGAAAUGUAUGUGUUUUAUGUAUCUGUUUACAUUGUCACUGUAAGUGAGCAUGUGAUGUCCUGUACUGUUACACAGCAGAGUGUGUGUGGUUUUUAAGGAUGAGAACUGUCUAGCAGUGCUUGUUUACCAGGGAGCCAACUACACCCCAGCUUUCCAGCUACACCACCCUUAGGCGGUGUCAUUUCCCCUACACCUGCUGCUGAAACUGUGACAAGCUGUUUUUCAGAUGGUUUAAAGAGUUGGACAGAGCCCCACCCAGAGGGGUUCAGAGGCGCUGAACAUUAAACAUUAAAACUUACGUCUCUCGGCCAGUUGAAACUGAAAUGUGCCAGUUUGGAACGUCUUAUGAAUAUUCCUGUAGUUCAUGAUCACAAACUGGGAAUGUCCCCUGGGAACUCAUGUUACUGACUGGAUUUUGUGAGGAUGGAAGGAACAUGGGAGCUAAAUAUUCCGUUGCUAUAGAGAAUGCAGGGGGAACUGAUGGCAUUGGAACUAGCUGUUCAUUGGCUUUACAUAUCACUUCCAGUAUCUUCCGUCAUGUGCGGUCCUAUAGUGUAGGCUUGCUAACUGCACUCAAAUAUUUUGGUGUGGACAGUGGUUGGGGUUUUUUUCUGUUAGGUGUUAGGAUGCUGGAUGGGGUGUGUUUGAAAAGUCACAUGCUGUGUGAAAAACAUGAGCAGGUACUGUAAAGUUUGUCAAUAUCCCUAUGACGAUUUCUAUUGAUUAUUGAGGUAUGGAAACAGUAUAAGGAAAUUAAGUAUUUUAAAUAAAACUUAUUGUGAAGGAG